GCGUUCUGCCCGACUUACUACCUCAACAUGGACACUUGGGAGUAUAAUCUCGUAGAGCUAGCCCCGGAGCUAAAGUCGCUAGAUCUCGCAAUAACACAGGAGGAAUACGACGUCCAACAGGAAGCUCUCAGGAAACAGCAAGAGGAGGAACAAGCAAAAAGGCUCGAAGACAAGCGGCUGGCUGAAGAAGCCGAGAGGCAAGCCAGGAUCGAGGCACAGUAUCGAGGUAGAGGCUACUUACUUGGGCUUGGAUCUCCAAUGCUAAGCUGGUUCUCGCCGCUUCCAGCGUCCAUCCCGGAUGAGAUCACAAGAAAAGUCAACCAGGUUGUUUCGCGCUACAUGGAUGAGAUGCGGGCCGAGUUUGACGCCAAGCUGGAACAAAAACUCGCCGAGCUGGGGGCUGGAGCUGCAAAAUAGUACUUAAAAGUUCAUCUUU